CCAUCUAAGGGUUAAUCCACACAUUCUAUUGUCGCUCUGCUCGCACUUACUAAACAGUUGCCAUUUCACUCGCACUCAUUGUUUUAAUAGUAGGGUUCCAAAAUUUGCCGACGAGACUACCUUAUGUUAUUGUAUCAUGCCCUGAACGCCUUGGGUAUAGAUUUCGAGUACAAGAUCGUAAAUCUGCUGGCCAAGGAGCACCUGAAGCCAGAGUUCCUAAAAAUAAAUCCUCUACACACCGUGCCCGCUCUGGAUGAUAAUGGAUUCUACCUGUCCGACAGCCAUGCCAUCAACUCGUACUUGGUGAGCAAGUACGGCAAGAACGAUUCCCUGUAUCCAAAGGAACUGAAGAAGCGAGCCAUCGUCGAUCAGCGUUUGCAUUACGAUUCCAGUGUGAUCACGUCCACGGGAACGGCUAUUACAGGCCAGGUUUUGUGGCAAAACAACUCGGCAAUUCCCCAGGCCAAGAUCGAUGCACUGGAGGGUGUGUACAAGUCCCUGGAUCUGUUCCUGGAGAGUGGCGACUACCUGGCUGGAGAUAGCCUGACCAUUGCCGAUUUCCACGUCACAGCUGCCCUUACCGGUUUGGUGACUUUCCUGGCCGUGGAUGCCACCAAAUAUCCCAGACUAGCUGCCUGGAUUAAGCGCAUCAAGGAGCUGCCCUACUACGAGGAGGCCAACGGCUCCCGAGCUGCCCAAAUCAUCGAGUUCAUCAAGAGCAAAAACUUUACCAUUGUCUGAAACUAGAAAAAUAAAUUAUUAAAUAUAUUACUAAAA